AGGGACUUUGGUAAAGCUCAACAAUGGUGGAUUUGAAGACGUUGUUAUUGCAAUUAACCCUGCGCUACCUGAAGACCACAGAAUUGUUGACAACAUAAAGCACAUGGUUGAAGAGGCAUCUGCUUAUCUCUUCAACGCCACACAGCAAAGAUUUUAUUUUAAAACUGUAAAAGUUGUCAUUCCUUUGACAUGGGGAAAUAAACCUGAAUAUAAAAGACUAACCAUAGAGUCCUAUGAAAAGGCCGAUGUCAUAGUGGCAGAUCCUUUUCUGAAGUAUGGAGAUGAUCCCUACACUUUGCAGUUUGGAGGAUGUGGGGAACAAGGACGAUACAUUCAUUUCACAUCAACCUUCCUGACAAAUGACAGUUUACAUGAUGUUUAUGGAUCACGAGGUAGAGUCUUUGUCCAUGAGUGGGCUCAUCUCCGGUGGGGUGUCUUUGAUGAAUAUAACAAUGAUGCCCCUUUCUAUGCAACUGGGAUAAACAAGGCAGAAGCAACAAGAUGCUCAGCUGAUGUCAAAGGUAAAUAUAUAUUCCAACCUAGCAAAGGACCAAUCAGAGCAUGCAAAGUUGAACGCCGAACUGGGCUGUAUGAAGCUGGAUGCCAGUUUGUGCCUGAAAAACAGCAAAGUACUCCAGCCUCUAUAAUGUUCAUGCAAAGUCUCUCCUCAGUUACUCAGUUCUGUAAUGAGAGUAACCAUAAUGUCAAGGCAACAAAUAUGCAGAACAAACUGUGCAACUAUCGGAGCACAUGGGAAGUAAUCAGGAACUCUACUGACUUUGCCAGUUCAUCUCCACUAAGUGCUCCCCCAGCCGCCCCUACUGUCUCCCUACUGCAGACACAAGACAGAGUUUUGUGCCUAGUACUCGAUGUUUCCGGAAGUAUGGGUUCAUAUGAUCGCAUUAAUCGACUGAGGCAAGCUGCAGAACUAUUCCUGUUACAGAUCAUUGAAACGGGGUCCUGGGUUGGAAUUGUCACAUUCAGCAGUUCUGCAACCAUCAAGACUGGUUUGCAACAGAUAACCAGUGACACCGUGCGUCGAUCUCUUGCAGCCUAUCUGCCUACCUCAGCUGGUGGAGGAACCAACAUUUGUUCAGGCAUCCGCUCAGGAUUUCAGGUCUUUUUACAGAAGUAUCCCAGCACUGAAGGCACUGAAAUUGUGCUCUUGACAGAUGGAGAAGACAAUUCAGUGCAAUCUUGCUUUCGUGAAGUUGAGAAAAGUGGCUCAAAAAUUCACGCCAUCGCCUUGGGACCAAGAGCUGCACCAGAACUGGAUAUACUGGCAGACAUGACAGGAGGUUUGAAGUUUGCUGCUACAGAUAGUUUGGAUUCCAAUGGUCUCAUAGAUGCUUUCAGUUCAAUUUCAUCAGGAAGUGGAAAUAUCUCUCAACAGUCUAUUCAGCUUGAAAGUCAAAGUCAAAGUAUCAGUGCCGGCAGAUGGCUGGAUGGUGUGGUGUCCAUCGAUAAAACUGUAGGAAAUGACACAUUCUUUGUCGUUACAUGGAGUGUAAGUGUAUACCCACCAGGAAUUAUCCUGACGGAUCCAAGAGGGAAAAAGUACAUUAAUGAGUUUGUAAUUGAAAAUACCAAUGUCCGGAUGGCUCGACUCAAGAUUAAUGGAACUGCAGAGACCGGAGACUGGCAUUACUCAAUCCAGAAUACAAACAACGGAGAUCAAGUCAUAUCGCUGACUGUCACCACUCGAGCAGCGUCUUUAACUGAGCCUCCAGUGACUGUGAAGGCGUAUAUGAACAGAGAUACCAAUAACUAUCCUAAUCCAAUUAUAGUUUAUGCAGAAGUCAGUCAAGGAUUUUUGCCUAUUAUUGGUGCAAAUGUUACAGCCACAAUUGAACCAGAGACUGGAACAGCGGUAGAGAUGGAACUCCUGGACAAUGGUGCAGGUGCUGAUAUUCUCAAGAAUGAUGGAAUCUACUCAAGGUAUUUCACAUCUUUCAAAGGAAAUGGUAGAUACAACAUAAAAGUGAACGUCCAGGGGAAAAACAAAACUGUCACACGUGUCCGCAGACAGAGCCAUUCUGCAUAUGUAGCUGGUUAUGUAGACAAUGGUGAAGUAAAAAUGAAUCCACCAAGACCCGAAGCUAGUAAUGAUGAAAUCCAGGCAAACCUAGGGAGCUUUAGCAGAAUAGCAUCUGGAGGCUCUUUUGUAAUGGCAGGAGUUCCUGCUAGUCCCAAGGAUGUCUUUCCACCUGGUAAAAUCACUGACCUUGAGGUAGAACUAGUGAAUGAUACUGAUGAAUUCCUUUUAUCAUGGACAGCUUCUGGGAACGAUUAUGAUACAGGAAAAGCUGAAAAAUAUGAAAUAAAAAUGAGUGAAAAUCCCUUGGAAUUAAGAGAUGCUACCUUUCAGAGUGCUAUUUCUGUGAACACUUCUGGUCUGACCCCCGCUGUUGCUGGGGUCAGACAAUCCCUUCAAUUCAAGCCUGAAAACUUUACCAGAGAGAAUGGCACCAUAAUCUACUUUGCAAUUCGUGCCAUUGAUGACAGCAACAAUGUUGGAGAAGUAUCUAACAUAGCAAGAGCAGCUUUGCUAGUUCCUCCAUUGCCUCCUAGUCCUCCCCCACCUAGUACCUCUGCUGCUCCUCCCUCUAGUACUAGGGUGUCACCUAGUACCUCUGCUGCUCCUCCCUCUAGUACUAGGGUAUCACCUAGUACCUCUGCUGCUCCUCCCUCUAGUACUAGGGUGUCAUCUAGUAUGGGUGUCACCACCACCUCUGCUAUAGUUCCCCACAGUACGGAGAAGAUUGGCACCACCUCUACUACUGAUCCUAGUAAUGAAGACCAUCCUGUCAUAAAUACUGUUACCACAAUUGUGAUCAUAGUAUGUGCUUCUGUAAUUCUUAUUUGUGCCAUUAUAAGUAUAACAAUUUGUGUUGUGCAUAAGCGAAGAAACAGAAGGCCUGUAACUGGAAUGUAA